UUCACGAAAUGUAAGAGCCGAGAGGGUUGAGGAAACUUCUCCUAUAUCCACCUUGACUUACACAACUCUCUCUUGGAAUUGUCGUUGUAAGAAAUAAUUACUUUCUGAACUCAAUGUCCUUUUCUCUCUUUUCUUCUUUAUAGAUAGAUAAAUGGCGAUGGAUACAAAGACCAUUUACAGCUUAUUAUUCUAUUUGUAUUUUGAGAGAAACUAAACUAAAAGCCAAUAUCAUAACAAAAAGGAUGUUCUCACCACGCACCAGCUUUCGUCUAAGCUAAGCUUACAAGGAAACUCGAACCACAUACCUAUAAUAAUCGUAUACAUGAAUUCCAUCAUUUUGUGACACAGUGGAAUGGACCGGAUCGCUCUCUCAAGCCAGCUAUAGCCAUAAAUUAAGAAACAGUAGGAUGCCCAAGUGGUUCAAGAGGAAGUCCAAGAGAGCUGUUGAUCUGUAUCAAACAAGUGAACUUUCAGAUGGGAAUGAAGAUGAAAGUGAUGAAUACCUCGAUGAGAUGCUCGUUGGGUCGAUGGAGUCGGAUCCAUGCACUUCAAAUACUAAUGAGUUGAGAAUUUUUGUGGGAACAUGGAACGUGGCUGGGAGGUCUCCCAUAGGGAGUUUGGCCGUAGAUUUGGAUGAGUGGCUGAAUCUAAAAGAUGCGGCUGACAUAUAUGUUCUCGGAUUUCAAGAGAUUGUACCUUUAAAGACCCGAACUGUGAUUGGAGCAGAAGAUCCAACAGAAGCAACAAAUUGGAACCGGCUCAUAGGGAAAACUCUCAAUGAUAAGCAUGGCUGCCCUUGGUUAACACCAAUGGUAACUCGAUUCUCAAGUGACAACUACAAUUAUGUACCAGCUUCUGAGGCAGAUAGGAGAGCAAGCUUUAGCGGUCAUACUGAGAUUCCAAUUCCAUGGAGAGAGCGAUCGAGAACUGUGCGUGAGAUGCCGAAGGUUGGGAGCAAGUACAAACUAAUGGCUAGUAAGAAGAUGGUUGGAGUUUUUAUAAGUGUGUGGAUGAAGGAUGAGUUGCUUAGGAAGUACUGCAUUUCCAAUGUUAAAGUUUGCUCUGUGGCUUGUGGUAUCAUGGGAUACUUGGGAAACAAAGGCUCGGUUUCAGUUAGCAUGGCCAUUGACGGAACUAGCUUCUGCUUUAUUGCUGCGCAUUUAGCCUCUGGUGAGAAAAAAGGCGAUGAAGGACGGAGGAAUCACCAAGUAUCGGAGAUUUUUAAGCGAACUGUUUUCCCUAGUUCCUCUAGAGACGACGAUAAUCCUCAUCCUCUUACCAUCUUAGGACAUGAUCGGAUAUUCUGGUUUGGGGAUCUCAACUAUAGGCUGUAUUUAGAAGACAAUCUUGCCAGGCAACUAAUAAAGAAGCAAGACUGGAGAGCAUUGCAAGAGUUUGAUCAACUUCGAAGGGAAAAGGAAUAUGACGGAGUAUUUCAGGGUUGGAAGGAGGGAGACAUAGAAUUCGCUCCUACCUAUAAGUAUUCUCAAGCAAACUGUAAUCGUUACUCGGGUGGUCUUCCAGGCAGAUCAGGAGAGAAGCAAAGGACACCAGCAUGGUGUGACAGGAUUCUAUGGUAUGGAAAAGGUGUGAAGCAACUCUCCUAUUUCCGCAGUGAAAGCAAGUUCUCUGAUCACCGGCCUGUCUCAGCCCUAUUCUCAACACAAAUUGAAGUGGUGAAACCUAACACUACAAGACUUGGUCUGCAAAGCAUUUUUUCCACAAUACUUUCCAGUGACCAAAUUGGAAAAAGCAGAGAUGGUGACCAAGCCAAGUCAACAUUGCUUUCUUUAAUGGUAAGAGACAUAGAAGCAUCGCCUAGACAUGCAAAAUUUGUAGAGAAAAUAACAGAAAGUGAAUGCAGCUGACCUAUAAAGAUUGCCUUGCAGCAGCUGCUAUUUUUUCUUUUUUUUUUUAUAUAUAUAUAUAUAGAUACUUUAUUUGUAAUCAUUUUUUAUCAUUAGAAAAAUGCAAAUCAGACACUCUACAUGGACUGAA